GGUGAGUGAAAUUCUGAACAUCGAGCUUGGCUCAACAUAACGACUCAAUAGGUGUAAUAUUUUGUACUACACAACGAAUGGGACGACUGUGGUCUUAACUGUCAUGUUGGACGUCAUCAUGAUUGCUCGAUUGUAUGCCAUGUAUCAGAGGUCUAGAAUGAUAUUGAUCUUUCUUAUUAUCAUAUUCCUGGUUGUUAACAUCACCUCCGGAGUAAUCAUGACAAUAGCACUCAAGGAUACUGUAGAGGAGGAAUGGAUAAUCUCUGGUACAUAUAUGUGCGCUUAUGAAUCUGAGCGGGAUACCCAGCUUCUGUUUUCAACGACUUGGAUCCUCAGCACUGUUUGGGAGGUCCUCGCACUGUGUCUUUCAGUCUGGAUCUCUGUAAAACACUUCCGUGACCUGCGACGACUCGGCCUAUCUCGGACAGGGUCGACCAUCGAGGACUGUUUCAGAGUACUGUUAAAAUCUCACGUGCUCUAUUUUGCAAGCUUUUUUGGUAUCCCCUGCCUCCAGCUUGCUUAUCUCUCUCCAGAAUUCAUUAAUUCAUCAUCCAUGGGAGCUCAGAUACUCAGUGGUGCUGUUCAAAUUUUAUUGGGCGUGCAGAUGUUUGUGCUGGGACCACGCCUCAUCCUUAGUGUUCGAGAAUAUAACGCCAAACUUGUGGCCGACUCCGAUGCAGAAACUAGCAUGAAUUCGAUUGUUUUCCAGGAGAAUAUACAUGUAUCGACUAGCAGUACUGUGUAGGGAUGAGAGAUUUAGUCGAGGAUCCGUCGUGAUAUUUAUUUGAACCAUGGUGUUUCGAAGCAUAGUAAACUCAUUUCUUGUUGUAC